CCUACUCCGCCCCGGGUCUCAGCCGUGCCCCUCGCGUUUCCCGGCUGCAUCCUUCGGCCGCCAUGGCGCUGUUCAGUCCGGUGUCCUUUGCUGCGGGCCGCUACCCUCGGCGGUUUUUCAGUUAUGGAACAAAAAUAUUGUAUCAAGACUAUGACGCUUUUCAGUCUAAAUUCUUUCCACCCCUGAAAAAAGCGAUGCUCCCACCGAACAGCUUUCAAGGCAAAGUGGCGUUCAUUACCGGAGGAGGCACUGGCCUGGGGAAAGGAAUGACCACUCUCCUGUCUAGCCUGGGUGCACAGUGUGUGAUCGCCAGCCGAAAGAUUGAUGUUUUGAAAGCUACUGCAGAAGAGAUUUCUUCUCAAACUGGAAAUAAGGUUCAUGCCAUUCAGUGUGAUGUGAGGGACCCGGAGAGGGUACAAAGCACGGUGUCGGAGCUGAUCAGCAUGGUGGGCCUUCCCAACAUCGUGAUAAACAAUGCUGCAGGCAAUUUUAUUUCUCCCACCGAGAGACUCUCUCCCAAUGCGUGGAAGACCAUAACCGAUAUAGUGCUGAAUGGCACGGCUUACGUGACACUGGAAAUCGGAAAGCAACUAAUUAAAGCACAGAAAGGGGCGGCAUUCCUGGCUAUCACCACCAUCUACGCCGAGACUGGGUCAGGCUUUGUGGUGCCCAGCGCUUCUGCCAAAGCAGGAGUGGAAGCCCUGAACAAGUCUCUUGCAGCUGAAUGGGGUAAAUACGGCAUACGAUUCAACGUGAUCCAACCGGGGCCCAUAAAAACCAAAGGUGCCUUUAGCCGUCUUGACCCAACUGGAGCAUUUGAGAAAGACUUGAUCAACCAAAUCCCCUGUGGUCGGCUGGGAACUGUGGAAGAACUUGCAAAUCUUGCUGCUUUCCUGUGUAGUGAUUAUGCUACUUGGAUUAAUGGAGCAGUCAUUCGAUUUGAUGGUGGAGAGGAAGUACUGCUGUCGGGUGAAUUCAACAAUCUGAGAAAGGUCACCAAGGACCAGUGGGACACCAUAGAAGGGCUGAUCAGGAAGACAAAAGGCUCCUAAGAUCCUCUGGUCUUCAUCUUGGUUACCAUGGAAAUGACACAGACUGUCUCUAUUUUUUGAAUAUUUUCAAGUCUAAUAAAUUGUUAAUUAACAACCAUUCAA